AUGCUGAGCUCCCGACGUUUUCAAGAGGAAAAAGCUCCAAAAGUGAAAAGUCUUCCACCAGAAGAACGAGGCCGAUACAAAGUAGCCACAAUUCCAAAUGCGAUUUGCGCCGGAAGAAUUGCAGCUACUCCACUAAUUGGCUAUCUAGUCGUUCAACAUCAUUUCACUCCAGCGUUUGCUCUUUUCACAGUUGCUGGAGCUUCGGAUUUGCUAGAUGGAUGGAUUGCUCGAAAUGUUCCUGGUCAAAAAUCUCUGCUAGGAUCCGUACUGGAUCCAGUAGCUGAUAAACUUCUCAUCUCCACAAUGUUCAUCACAAUGACACAUGCCGGACUCAUUCCUUUACCCCUGACCUCAAUUGUGAUUCUUCGUGACGUGUGUCUCAUCGCCGGUGGCUUCUACAAACGGUACCAAGUGAUGAGUCCCCCGUACUCACUGAAUCGAUUCUUCAAUCCACAAGUUUCUUCGAUGCAAGUCGUUCCUACUAUGAUGAGCAAGAUCAACACCGUACUCCAACUGUCACUGGUCGCUCUCGCCCUGGCAUCCCCAGUUUUUGACUUCUCCGUCGCCGCCAACGAAGCGAUUUUCGCUUUGGGAUGCGCCACUGCCGUCACUACCGUAUACUCGGGGCUACAGUAUGCCAGUGGAAAGGCCAUCAAAAAACUUUGA